AGUCUAAAUAUAUACUAGGCAUACGGGAUACGAUACAAGGAUGUUAUCAUUUUCGCUGGGAAAUCUGGCGGCAAGUUUGUUUGUAAAUAACAUUAUUUGGAUAUCCUAGUAUCGGCUAUUUUGAACAAACAUCUGAGAUAAAUACCAACAUUUUCAUACGAUAUUACAUCGACAUUAUCAAAUGGAUGCAGAAAUUCAAAACUAUCAGCAGAAAGCUGAGCAACUCAGUAAGGAUGUAGAUGUACUUCAACGAAAAAUCCGAAAUCUAGAAAAGGACGUAGACGAUCAUCAGCCAGAUGACAAACUAACUGCCAGUGCUAGUGGCAAAGCUACUAAACUGACGGAUGCUGAACUGCAACGACAGCUGCUGCAAUUGGCCAACUUUACUGGAGUGACAAUCAGCAACACAUCAUCGAAAUCGCUACCUCGAGAUUCAUCACAUGUGAGAUACAAGAAGCAACGAAGAAUCUCUGGCAGCUGCAAACAAAUCCAAUUCUGCCUGUGUUUUGUCGAGGAAGAACAGAAGUUGCCGUGCGGGGAACCUGGAUUGGCUUGCCGGCGUACCAUAUCAGAAAUGACCGUGGAAACAGUAGGCACCGUGGAGGAAGAUUUAAAGACAGCUCUCCAUCAGCUUGAGUCUGACAAUGAUCUAUUGGGUGUGUUCAGAGUGAUUCGCAGCUAUGCUGAGUCGUCUGCCAGGAGGAAAAGCACCUUCUGCGAUUUUCGAGAUACAUUUCCGGAUGUCGUCAGCUUUCCUGCUGAUAUCCAUGGCAAUCUAAUUCAAAUUAUGCACCCAAGUGGCAUAGGGCCGGUUAUGACAGUCGUCUGGAACUUAUUCAUUAAACCUGAAGCCGUCGUCGUUCCCAAAGUACAUUUAGAAGUACAGAUUUCAAAAUCAGUGAGAGAUUUGGACGAAGAUGGCAUACUUCAGUCAUCGGCCAAGCACUUUCAGAUCAUCCUGAGACGUCUGGGUGUGGGCAAAGCCAUAAAGUCAUUGAUUAUGGCCGUCACAUCGACUGAUCAGUAGUCUUAUGUAUAUGUGCUGAAUGAUUAACGCGUGAAAAGUCCCAUACAUUACUCGCUAUAGACUUAAAUAAUAAUUAUGUACAUGACGUAAAUAUAUUAAUGUACUUCCUAUGUGUUAGUACGUGCUGUGGCAAGCUUACACAUGUCAUAGGUGUGCCCCGUUGGUUAUCAGUGUCGUGCUCUGUUGAAAUUACGUAUUGUAUUCUUUGUAAUAUUCUAAAACGAUAAUAAAUGGCCGUCCGGACAAUAUCAA